AUGAGCGAUGGAACCAACCGAGAUUUUGCGAUUUACCUUGUCCUGCUCCAAAUUCCCUCAGUCUUCAUCUGGCCUGUCGACAUGGCGAUUGAUGCUCAAAUCCGAGUAGAACCUGCUACUGUAGCAGAUAUACCAGAGUUGAUUGAGCUCGUAAAUGAAGGCCUGAACCCGGAAGGAGAGUACAACAUCUACCCGCAUAACGCCCACGGGGCAAAAUAUGCAACUGAUGUAUUCGAAGCUCUCCUCAAGGCGGACAACAGUCGCGUCAAGUUGCUGGUCGUCCGAGACGCUGAAGUCAUUGAUAAGCUGGCUGCAGGUUAUCCUAUUUCAACGGGAACUGUAUACAAUAUCGCCGCGGGGGAUGUUUUCACCAGUGCCUGGAACGACUGGGGUGUUCCUCUUCAGCGGGGUAUGAACCAAGAAGUGCUGGAUAAGCUGUUCGGCGCAUGGACGAAACGCCACAACAAGCUGAUGAGCCACCAACCUCGUGUGUUCAUUGAAGCUUUAGUCACUCGAGAUGCUUGGAAAAAGCGCGGAUGCGCUUCUGCAAUUCUUGCAGAAGCAGACAAGAUAGCAGACGAGACCGACAUCCCCCUUUUCUUAGACGGAGCGGUGCCAGAAUUUUACAAAAGGCGGGGUUAUAGUGAGCUCACAGACAAUUCUGGCGUAGAAGCUUCAGCAGUCCCUAUGCUGCGGAAGAAGAAGAGCGAGCGUGUGUGA